AUGCCCCGCAAUUUCGACAAUCUCCCCGAUGUCGCGUCCACAAGGGCAAGGCCAGAAGGCGAUACACCUCCUUUGAGAACUGAUAAGAUAAAGAACCAUCUUGCUUCGUUUUUUGGGGGUGCGACUGUCGAUUUACGAAACUGCACCUUCAUCGAGACAUCGGGGGAUGUAGUAAUCAAUAGUACCUCGGAAGCUCCUCAGUCUGUUCGGGCCACUCCUGGGAUAGACGUUGAACAAAGUUCACAAUCAAGCUCCGAUUCGGCCCCUUUCGCCGAUUCCGACACGGAGGGUGCACCAUCUUUUUUCGUGGGCGCGAAGAACGUUACUAUUUUCGGUGGUGAGUUCACCCGCACGGUGGUGAAGAGGGGUAGGUACACUACGACUACUGCAGUUGUGUCGCCGGAUCGAACAAGGAGGACCCCGGGCCUGCGUACAGAGUCGCGUGAUGCUCCAGGGACAUCUACUUCUGCUCACCGGCGUAAACACCACAGGGACCGUCUCCCUAAGCGCGCGAACGACUCUGAUGGACGCUCUGAUGGAGUUAAAACCUGCAUAGUUUCCCAAGAUGAAAAUGGUCGCAGUGUCCUUUGGGUUCCAACCUGA